CCAAGUUGAGGAAUAGGCCUGAUUGAGCCCAACCCGUAUGGGUAACCAGACAACCCAGGCCCAGCCCUAAAGAGCACCUCCACUGCCCCUUCCAACCACGGCAGCUCCAUGGCCAGGGACGAACCCUUCGCCGCCGCCGUGGACGUUGCCGACGGCGACUCAACCUCCUCCAGCCCAACCCUCACGCGCCUACGGGAAGCACUCGCCGCCCUCUCCGAGGCGUUCGAGUCCGGCGACGCCGCCUCCUCCGACGCAGCAGCCGCCGCCGUCGCCGAGAUCCUCAGCGCGUCCGAUGCCGACGCGUCCGCCGCGCUCGCCGAGCAGAUGCUCCGCGAGGUCCACGCGUUCCUCUCGUCCCCGUCCUCGAAUCAGAUGGCCAUGGACGCGCUGUCUCUGGAGCUUCCCAAGCCUGUGGCGAAGCUGGGUGCUCGGAUGGGGAAUUGCCGGGACAUUGCCAGGACUAUCAUUGAGUUCUUUGCGUCGAAUUGCAGCCCAAGGGACAUGCUCUGCAUCCUCUGCGAGGCAUUAGAUACACCAGUGGCAUUAAAUGGAUCAGCAUAUCUUGUUAUUCUACUAGAUGGGCUUGCCAGCACGCUUAUUUUGAUUCAGAGGAGACAUAUUGAGCAAGUAAAGGUCGUACUUCCUGCCAUCCUUCGAGUUAUGCACGCUAAUUUAUCAGAAUGUGAUGAGGAACAUGGAAUGUCUGCUGUUGAUCUGUUCAGUGCAGCCCUCAGAAUAGGCAAUGCUAUACAAGAAAUGUGCAAAACAAUGGUCAACCACAGGAAGGAAGAGCUAUGUUCUAUACUUGGUCUAUACGCCCUUCAAAACAUAGCUCUUUUGCAGGCUCUUGUAUCAUCAGAAAGCAAACAUCAGAAUAUUCAGUCUACUUGUGGUUCAGUUGUUCUUCAAUAUUCUAAACUUCUUAUGUUUUGCGGGUUCACCUAUUUGGGUCUUUUAACUGGUAAUGAUGUGACCUCAGCCACCACUAAGCUUUCUAAAGAAGAGGACGACAAUUUUCUCGACUGCUUUUCUUUUGCUAUGGACGGUGCAAGUCUUGUAGUUGUGUGGACCUCUAUGCAUGAUGAUAUGUCAAAAUAUGCUGGAGCAGAGUUUGAAUCAGCACUGAAAGAAGUUCAAGACAAUUGUAUUAGGAAAUGGGAAGCAAUCAACAUGUUUAGAUAUGUCUUGUCUUCAGUUAAUUACUCAUGGGCAAUCAAAUCUCACAGUCUGGACUUAUUGUUGACUUUAGUUGAUGAUAAGUGUAGUGAGGAAACCAACGAUCAUGUAGAUUUCCCAUGUUCCACUCAAAUUUUUGCCAUACUCAAGGCCAUUGAAAGAGUCAUGAUAGCUGCCCCAGAUACGUUGAUGCGGAAGAAAGCCUUUUCUGCCCUGAAAAGGGUUAUUUCAGUGGUGCCAUCCACUCAGAGAUUUGAUAUCUUACAGGCCCUCAUCGAGAAUAGUAUGUUCCCCUCCUUGACUGCAAUUCUUUUAGAUCUGGUGAAGAAUGAAGUUUUGAGAGAGAGCCGUCGAGCUGAUCAGGUUAAUGGAUCUGAUCGAUCUCAAGAUUCUGGGGAAUCACCACCCUGGGCUUCUCAGGUGCUUGAGUUAGUGGAGCUGAUCUUGAGGCCUCCAGAAGGUGGUCCUCCUUGUCUUCGUGAUCACAGUGAAGAGGAUAGGGUGCCACUCAGACUGGUAAGCUAUCCCACUGAGAAUUGCAAUCCCAAAUACUUGCAAGGGAAAUUCCCAAUCUGGCAGGGGACCAGAGGCCAUACCGAAAAUUGUCAAAGCUUCUCCAGCUAUCGUCGUGAAUGAAAGAGACAAGCUGAGAAUCUAGAACACUGUCAGGCAAUCGUGCGUUCCAGCGAAGACAAGCUGAGAAUGAAAGCUUCAAGGAUCUUCUCAACCAUAUUUCCGUCGGGGACUGAAGCCUUGAGUCCUAAGCAGCAUCUAAACGCAUAAUCACUGCAUCGGCAAUCGCUUGCCGCAUUCCUGAAAAGAGUGAUCCAGAACGCUUUAAGGGGUCAGCGGUCGCUGGACUGCACUUCCACGCGGCUGGACUGCACUUCCACGCCUCCUUGAUAGCCUCCUUAAAUCCUUCCAGCUUGGCCCAGAAUUCACAUCGCUCCUGGGGGAAAAGCCCGCAUUUAUUAGAGGGAGAUGAAAAGGAAAAUGAUCGGAGAUAGCAGUUGAUAGCACCUGUAGUAGGCAGUCAGGAUAAAACAGUUCCCAGUCCACUGUCUAUGAUGAUAUUUUGAGCAUCGACGUCA